AUGUCGUUUGCCCCGCCUUCCGGGCCUCCCCCGCCCUCGGUACCUGAGGGAUGGACAGCGCAGUAUGACGAUCGAUACCACGCUUGGUUCUAUGUAGACCUUGCCACGGGCAAAUCGCAAUGGGACCGCCCCGAAGCCAAUUCUCUCCCACCAUCAUACAGCAACGCCGGGCCAGGCGAUCCAGCAGCAAUAGCCAGUGCGGGGGACCAGAAGAAACACAUGGGAUCAAACAACCCCUAUAACCCUUCAACAAAUACUGGCCCAGGCAACACUAGCCCUAACACGAUUGACGAAGACGCACGGCUUGCCGCCAAGCUCCAAGCCGAGGAAGACGCCCGGGCCGACACACGAGGAACCGGGGCCGGAUUAGGAGAUCGUGGCGCCUCAUCAGACUACUACAACGAUACCUCGCGACCGCAGUCCACCGGUCCAGGGGGAUAUGCGGCAGUUCCAGCGUCGUCGCAUAGCCCGAUGCCUGAGCAGGAACAGAAGCGCAGCAAGGGUGGGUUUUUGAGCAAGCUGAUGGGCAAGAGCUCGAGCUCAAGCAGUAGGCCACCUCGGCCGCAGCAACAAUACGCCUCGUACGCUCAGCAAGGUCCUCCCCCUGGUGCCUACUACGGUGGCGGUGGCUAUCCUCCGCAGCAUGGCCAACCUGCAUAUGGACCCGGACCGGGAUACGGGGGUGGAUAUGGAGGAUACCCACAGCAGGGUGGAUAUUACCAGCAGCAACCGCCUCGCAGGCAAGGUGGAGGAGGUAUGGGAACUGCCGGUGCUGCUGCUCUGGGUGUUGGUGGUGGUUUGCUUGGCGGUAUGCUGAUCGCCGAUGCUCUGGAGGAUCAUCAUGAUAACGAUGAUUACGGCGGCGGUGGCGGUGAUGAUUAUGGUGGUGGUGAUGACUUCGGAGGAGACGACUUCUAA